CAAGCCAAGUCCGAUGAAAUACAAUAGGCGGGACUGGCUGAUGUCGCGAUCAUUGCAUAGUAUCCUUUACUGCAUGUCUUAGCCAUGCAACCCUACUUUGGCUUGCGUGGCGCUCUUCUGAACCGCGCUAUCAUUUGGCUGGUUGUCUGCCCGGCCUUCGUGUGCUAUGGUUACAACCAGGGGGUGACGGGGGGUCUGCUAACGCUGCAGUCGUUUGCGGAAACCUUUCCCCAGAUGAACACUCUCACCACUACUGGCGCUCAGCAGCACUACAACUCUACCAUCCAGGGUAUGAUUCCGCCCCAGUAGGCAAUCAAAGAUUAACCGUUGCAGGUACGGUGGUCGCUUUGUACACUGUCGGCGGCAUAUUCGGAUCCUUGUCAUGUAUCUACUUAGGUGAUCUUCUAGGCCGGAAGCGAGUGAUCUUCUUCGCUUCAGCUGUGUCGAUAAUUGGUGCCCUGCUGAUGGCCACAUCGUUUGGACUGGCCCAGUUUAUCGUGGCGCGUGUUGUCCUAGGGUUGGGAACUGGUGGCUACGUUGCCACUGUGCCCGUGUGGCAGGCUGAGAUUUCGCAGGCGGGCAAGCGAGGCGCGCAUGUCGUGACGGAUGGUAUCUUCAUUGGUGCUGGUAUCACUAUCUCGCUGUGGAUUGAUUUCGGCUUCUACUUUGUCACGGGUAACUCCGUGUCGUGGCGGUUCCCACUGGCCUUCCAGAUUGCCCUGUCGCUCAUGGUGAUGGCCUUUAUUGUAGUCUUCCCCGAGUCACCUCGAUGGCUAAUCAAGCGGAAUCGAACGGAUGAAGCCCGGGAGAUCCUGGCUGCGCUGGCGGACGUCGACCCGGCCGAUGAGAGCAUCACCCUGGCGAUGCGCGACAUCGAACGGUCGCUUGCGCUAUCAGGGUCAGGCUCAUGGAAAGAUAUGUUGAGCAUGGGCGAACAGCGACUGUUCCAUCGGACGGUGCUGGCCGCGGCGGGACAGAUGUUCCAGCAGAUGUGUGGAAUCAACCUGAUCACAUUCUAUGCGACCACCAUCUUCCAGCAGUAUCUGGGACUCGAUGCGGUGCCGUCGCGGAUUUUGGCCGCUGCAAUGGGUCUAACACAGCCACUAGGCGGAUUUCUCGCCUUCUUCACGAUCGACCGGCUUGGCCGACGAGUACUGAUGCUUGGGAGUGCAGUUGGGAUGUCAGCAUCAAUGGCUAUCUUAGCCGGGACGACAUCUCAGUCAAACAACUCCGCCGCGCUGGUCGUGGCGGUGGUGUUCCUCUUCGUGUUCGAGUUCAUCUUCACGGUGGGAUACUCGGGGGUGACCUUCCUGUACGCGACAGAGGUCGCACCAUUGCAGCUGCGGGCGGCCAUCAGCGCAGUGUCGACGGCGGCCGUGUGGACGUUUAAUUUCCUCCUCGCCGAGGUGACUCCGGUGGGAUUCGAUACGAUCGGAUACCAGUACUACAUCAUCUUUGCGGUGCUGAAUGCGGCGAUUGUGCCGAUUGUGUACUUUUUCUUCCCGGAGACAAACGGACGAUCGCUGGAGGAGAUUGAUGAGAUCUUCCUACAGUCGAAAAGCGUGUUUGAUCCGCCACGACUAGCCAGGACGUUACCACGGAUGCAUCUGGCGGAGGUGGUGGAUGAUCCGGAGGUGGAUGCGAAGGUUGGGAAGAAUGGUUAUGAUUGA